CAGAGCUAUUUUGAAUGGGUACUGCAUUUCUUAGAACCUGAGUUCGAUAGCAGAAAAGAGAUCUAAAAUGAAGUCUUUUGUGGCCAUUUUCCUGUUUGCCUUCAUGGCUAGCCUUCGUGCAGACGAUUUUGAAGAGUUAUUAUUGGCUGACGACGAUGAGGGCGGAGUUCCCGACAGACAUCCUUAUGUGCAAUGCAAAAUCGACCUAUAUGACUGCUUUAAAGCUGGAAUUCUCAGCAAGAAGGAAUGUAUGUUGAAGUACAAGUCUUGCAUGGCUGUGUUGAUACCAACCUUACCGCCAAUUGUUACAACUUGCAACAACAAGCUGUACGACUGCAUUAAAGCUGGUAAAGGGAAGUUGGAAUGUAUGAAGGAGUACUCGUCCUGCAUGUCUGCGAUUAUACCAUCUCUACCACCAUUCGUGACAGCCUGCAACAACAACUUAAAACAGUGUCUCAAAGAGCAGAGUUUUCUAGCUGGCAAAGCACAGUGUUUCGUUGACUAUGGGAAAUGCCUCAUAAACAAAGGGUCAGUGACCGAAGCUUUAAUGGAUGCCAGUAACGACGGGGAACCUGGUAGACACCCUUAUGUGCAAUGUAAAAUCGACCUGUAUGACUGCAUGAGACUUGGUGUCAAAGGGAAGCUUGAGUGUAUGAAGGAAUACAAAGACUGUAUGGCUGUGCUGAUACCAACAAUACCACCAUUUGUCAUAACUUGCAAGAAUAACUUAGCACAGUGCCUGAACGAGUCGAAAGGAUUGAAAGAAAAGGCCCAGUGUUUCCUUGACUUUGGCAAAUGUCUGAAAAACAAGGGACCGGCUUUUGCAUUGGAUGCGAUCGAAGACAUGGGACAAGUACAGGAUGAAAACGGAUAUAUACAAUGUGCGAAGGACUUCUACCAAUGCUUCAAGGACAAAAAGGACGCGAAGACAUGUGCAGCUGAAUACAAGGCUUGUGUGGAGGCACUGAUUCCCGACUAUGUGAAGCAGUGCUACGCGAAAGGUAAAGAGUGUUAUACAAGUGCAACCACUGUGAAAGAAAAGUAUGAGUGCGCUAAAGAACUGGGCACCUGCCUUAAAAAUGGCGCUUCCAGCUAAGCUACUACACGAACCCUGAAAGUUUGAACCAGCACUGGAUGGAUACAUAAUGAAAGGGAAAAGCUAGUAGUUUGACAGUAAAAAAAAGAAUAGAAUAAAAAGAACAUUAAAUAAUA